UCGCGCGUCUUGGAUAGUGUGAAGGAAUGCGACUGCUUGAGAGGUUCCUUUUGCUUAAUAUCGCGCGAAAUUCUCUAUUAAUGGUAGAUCAAAGAGAAACCUCUGUAGCCGACCACUGCUCUCUUGAAAGUAAAUAUGGGAUGCGGCAGCUCCAGAAUCACGGUGGUCGAGCCGGUGAGAUCAAGCGAGUUGCACGGAGUAGCGGAUGACACGGUGAGUAAACAGGGCUGUAGGGGAGACUCUGCAGUGUCAAAGUUCACCACAGACAGUGGAGUGGUCCUGGACACUGGAGAGGUCCCCACCUUACUGGGGGCUGCACCCAGGAAACUACCACCACUGGCAGCCCACAGUCCUGGCCUGACCCAGGAGAGUGGUGAGAGACCCAGGUCCAGUGAGAUCCUGGAACAGCUACUGAGCCAAGGCAUCAUCAUCGCCCAGCCCAGGGAGAGGGCCAGUGGGGAGGCAUACAACAUCAUGAUUGAUGACACAGAGAAACCCUCACGUGGGCCUCCCCCUCACCUGGAGUCUCUGAAGGGCAGGAGGGACCAGUCUGUCACCAGCAAAGAGGACAUGGAGGAGAGGAUGAGGCAGGCCGAGGAGGGACGCAAGCUCAACGAGGAGGAGCUGAACUUGAGCCUGAGGACUAAGUCAGCUGGUGUCCGUGGCCCAGAAGCUGCAUCGACAACUGGAGAGGGGGACGUAGUCACCCAUGUGGAGGUCCUCCACGCCCCUGAUGCCCCUGAGACCCCACCCAGCCCGAGAGGGAUCCAGCAGGACCCACCCCAGAUCCAAGGAGGAGGGGAUGGAGGGAAUGGAGGGGUCAGGGAGAGCAGGGGAGAGGGAGUCAGAAGUGGGCUCAGUGGGCAGCUUCUCUCAGCCUCUCUGGAGAUGGAGAAUGACUCCACAUUUCAACAGACUGAGCAAGCUGAGGAGCUGUUCUAGCACCUGGCUGGAAGCACCUCAUCUGUCUAUUGGAGCCCAGUGUGUCUGAGAAGGGAAGGAGGGAUGAAAGGAGGGAGGGAGAGGAUAGAGAGCGAGAGAGAUGGUGCAAGAGGGAAUUAGAGGAAGAGCGAGUAGGUGAGGGAGAGAGAGAUCAGUGAUGUCUAUUUGUGUUUUUGUAUAGCAUAGAGCCGAGUGUAUUAGAAACAGACUGUAUGUGGUAUAAGGAAGGAUCUCUAUGAGGGUUUACUUUACGAUGCAAAAUCAUACUGUAUAAAGGUGGGCAAUAUUAUUAUUUGAAAUUGAAAUCAUGGAUAUAUUUAUUUUCCAUUAAUUUAAAAAAGGUCAAGGGAUUUUUUUCCCACUCUGUUUUGUGUGUUGCCAUGGUGGACGUUGAGUUGAAAGCUGUUUUAGACACAAGAUGGCGCUGUGUCCAUGGAA